AUGUUUGAUUCAGAAAAUUUCGAUAUUCAUACAGAAAAUACAAUUUACAGAGCAAUUAUGCAUAAUGACUUAGAAAAAUUCAUCUUGUUCACAGAAAGAGGCGAAUUUGAUAAAGAUCAAAAACUUGAAAGCCAUUUAUAUCCACCGUUUCACCGCCCAUUUUCAUUACUUGAAUUAUGCUGUUAUCAUGGAGCAGCUGAUUGUUUCAAGUUAUUAAGAACGAAAUUCAGCUCAGAAAUAACACUAACAUGCCUGCAAUUUUCAUUUUUAGGAGGAAAUCCGGAGAUCAUGAGUGAAUGUUUGAAAUAUCAAACACCAGAUUAUAAAUGUAUGGAGUAUGCAAUUGUUUCACACAACAUUGAUUUUGUUACAUUCUUGAUGAAUGAGUACAAUAUAGCAAUCUAUUUAAUAUUGAAUCAUUUUUAG